AUGUCUUCAGAAACGCCACCCAUGCCUCAUUCUUCAACAAAAUAUGAAGACAUCCCACCGCGAUUUAGAAAGGUAUGGAUUAAAGGACAUGCGGAAAGUGUACAAAAGAGAUUAGAUACACCUAUCGAGGAGUUUUCUUUCUCUAUCCCGCUUCACCGGUCUACUUCGGAUUCACAUCUUCGUGAAGCAGCAGCAAAUAGAGCUUCACGAUCUCUCUCUUCCAGUUCUUCGAAAAUGGAUCAAUCUAGCUCUAAAUCUCUUUCUGCUCAUCAAGAACGCCUCAAAUCUACUGAUUCCUUGCUAUUCGACAAGCCUGGUAGUCGCAGUGGCGAGAGUGCCUUGCCCGAACAGAAAAAGGAUCAAUCUUCUAUCCCAAUCGCAUACAGUGGACCAUCGUCGAUGCGACACAUUAUCAGCACGGUUGUCGGUACAAAUGUCGCUCGCUCGACGCCUCCGACUUCCCGGUCAAGCUCUCCUCUUGGAAAAGUACGGCUACAUAGUAAAUACAGACAAUCAUCGCAGUCACGCUCAGCCACUCGUGCAAAUUCUCCAAUUACGGAUACCCGGGCUUCAACGCCAAUUCCGUCUGGUUGGAUUCCUCUCACAUCGCGACAUUCUUUACGUCGCUUUGAUAUUCGUCCUUGGGGCCCGCGACAUCUCGAAUACGAUUACAGCGAAGCUCGGAAAGAGUUCCAAGGUGCCGCUUAUUACGCUUUAGGUCAAUACGGUUACGUUCCACCAAGAGGAGUUACCAAGUUCAAAGCUCCACCACCGGAGGAGCUUCCAUCAAUGUCUGACUUGCGUGAAGUCCCAGAAUUUGCUAAAGCGUGCAGACGGCUUGAUGCCGCUGAUCGAGCGUUAGAAGAAGCACUCGGGCGAGGCGAGACUUGGGAAAAUACACCUAUCCCAGAGGAUUAUCUUAAAUUUUCCCUCGAACGACUUAUUCCCGACGACUUUUGUACGAGUCGUCCAGAUAACGUAGCCAUGCACAAGCGCUCACGGAGCUCGGUUACUUUGGAAGAAGCAGCGGGAGAAAUGAAGACUUCAACAUUCGCUCAGUCAUCAACUCCCUCUGUAUCAACGUCGAUUUCCGGUCCCGUCUCCGAUAGAGACUCCGACCCAAUUGGUGCAGUCGGAGGAGGAUCAUCGACGGGAACUCCAUCCCUGGCACAGAUGACCUUGACAGACGAGCAGGCUCCACCCACCGUUGUUCGCACGGAUGCUGUAGCACUUGAUUCCGUUCCGACACAAACAGGGACAUUGAUUGUACCCGUCUCUAUGUCUUCUGAGGCUAGUCACAUCACCUCAGCGACUGGCUCGAGUACAGCGCCUUCGCGAAUCCUUCAUAAACGACCUCUUCAAGAGAUCUUUACCGAUGAUACUACACAGGACAGUAGGAAGAGAAUCUCCUUGGAUGGUGCCAGUCCGAGAGAACUCCCACCGCGCUCUAGCUCUCCCGUACCUGCAUUAAGACUUACAGAACCUACGAAUCGGCAGGUCUUCAAUUGGCUAGGUUCUGACACAACUUCUGCCUAUGACUCGGGAUCAGGAUUUAGCGGCAAUGCUUCGGCCAUAGAAUCUCCGCCAACGUCUGUCUCUACCUCAACUCCGAAGCGAGCACGGUCGACUACCAGGGGUGGAGGAAGAGUGUCUGGGAUGCGCGGACGCCGACGCGGUGGUGCGAGGCGAUAG